AGAGGACAAGGGCAGAGAUCUUUCUCACCCCAAACGCCUCCAUCUCAACCCCGUUGCUGCUCAACCUGUAACCUCCCCUCCGCGUCAACACUACUGCUGUAACCUCCCUUCUCCUUGCCGGCCUCUAUCUCCCGCUACCUGCGUCCUUCCUCGUUUCGUCCCGAUCUUAAACCUUUCUCAACCACUUAACCAUGGACGAAUACUCUGACGAUAUUACGGCUGAGGAUUGCUGGCAGGGUAUAUCGCUUUAUUCAGGUUUUAGUUUCUUGGAAUUGCUGACCUGAUGGCCUCCUGAGCGCAACAGUUAUAUCCGCCUUUUUUGAUCGGAAAGGCUUGGUUUCACAGCAGCUUGACUCCUUCGAUGAAUUCGUUGGCACCACGAUGGUAGAGAUGAUCGAUGAGGAUUCCCUUUUAACACUUGAUCAGAACACUCCUCAGAGCGACGAUGGGAUUGUUUUGCGAAGAUACGAGAUCAUGUUUGGACCUUGUUACUUAUCACGACCCACCAUGACUGAAGGCGAUGGUUCAACACAGCCUAUGCUACCCCAGGAGGCAAGAUUACGAAACCUUACGUAUUCAGCGCCAAUGUACUGCGAGCUUAAAAAGAAGGUUAUGGUGGCUCGAGAAGUGGAAGUUGCAUCGGAUGAUGAGGACGGUGGGUCUGACAAUGGAGACCCGCAGAAGGACAAAGCCAGGGUAAGGUAUGAAUGGGAUGUUGAAGAGGAAGAUGAAGCGGCGACCAAAGUUUUUAUUGGUAAAAUGCCGGUCAUGCUCAAAUCGCAGUACUGUAUCCUGAAGGAUUUCAAGGAGGAGGAGCUUUAUAGUCUCAAUGAAUGCCCUUACGACCAAGGUGGUUACUUCGUUAUCAACGGAUCGGAGAAAGUCCUCAUUGCUCAAGAGCGGAGCGCUGCCAAUAUUGUACAAGUGUUCAAAAAAGCGCUGCCUUCACCAACGCCAUAUGUGGCUGAGAUUCGAAGCGCAGUGGAGAAGGGAUCGCGGCUCAUUAGUAGCAUGCAGAUCAAGUUGUUUUCGAAGGGAGAGGCACGAGGCGGAUACAAUGCGACCAUCAAAUCGACCCUUCCGUAUAUCAAGAGUGAUAUACCCAUUGUCAUUGUUUUUCGUGCUCUUGGUGUUGUAUCAGAUGAAGACAUCCUAAACCAUGUCUGUUACGAUCGUAACGACACGCAGAUGCUUGAAAUGAUGAAGCCCUGUAUUGAGGAAGCGUUUGUUAUCCAGGACAGGGAGGUUGCUCUUGAUUUUAUUGGCAAGCGAGGGUCUUCGCAGGGAAUUAAUAAGGAAAAGCGUAUACGGUAUGCGCGCGACAUCAUGCAGAAGGAGUUGCUGCCUCAUAUCUCACAGGAGGAAGGAAGUGAGACGAGGAAGGCCUUCUUUUUGGGUUACAUGGUACAUAGGAUGCUGCAAUGUGCUUUGGAGCGCCGGGAAGUGGAUGACCGUGAUCACUUCGGAAAAAAGAGGUUGGAUUUGGCUGGGCCCCUUUUGGCAGGGCUUUUCCGGACUCUUUGGAGAAAGCUCACUAAGGAUGUCUACAAAUAUCUGGAGAAAUGCGUUGAAACCAGCAAAGAUUUCAAUCUGACUUUGGCUGUCAAGUCUAACACUAUUACUAAUGGCCUAAAAUAUUCUCUGGCAACAGGUAACUGGGGCGAACAAAAGAAAGCGGCCUCUUCCAAGGCGGGUGUGUCUCAAGUAUUGAACCGGUAUACCUUUGCCUCUACCCUCUCUCAUUUACGGCGCACCAAUACUCCUAUCGGCAGAGACGGGAAAAUUGCGAAGCCCCGCCAGUUGCACAAUACCCAUUGGGGGCUGGUGUGCCCGGCCGAAACACCCGAAGGGCAGGCCUGCGGUCUUGUAAAAAACCUGUCUCUGAUGUCUUAUAUCACAAUUGGCACUCCUGGGUAUCCCUUGGUUGACUUUUUGUCGUCCAAUGAUAUGGAAUUACUCGAGGAAUAUGAACCUCAGCGGUCUCCCAAUGCUACUAAGGUUUUCGUUAAUGGGGUCUGGGUUGGAACCCAUCGCGAUCCUCUCAUGUUAGCGAAGGUUGUUCAAGAUGUGCGAAGGCAGGGUGUUGUCAGCCACGAAGUCAGCGUCAUUCGUGAUAUCCGGGAUAGAGAGUUCAAAAUCUUCACAGAUGCGGGGCGAGUUUGCCGUCCGCUUUUCGUUAUCGACAACGACCCCCGUAGCGAGCGACGAGGGCAGCUCGUCCUGCAAAAGGAGCAUAUAGAGAAGCUCGAAGACGAUCAUCAAUUAGAUAUAGAGGACAGGUUUGGCUGGGAAGGCCUACUCUUUGCUGGAGCUGUUGAGUAUCUUGAUGCAGAGGAGGAGGAAGGUGUUAUGAUUGUUAUGACACCCGAGGAUCUCGAUUUGUCAAGACAGGUUCAACUGGGUUAUGAGAUUGAACAGGAAACCGACCAAGCCAAGCGGGUAAAGGCACCAAUCAAUUCUACGACUCAUACCUGGACACAUUGUGAAAUCCAUCCGAGUAUGAUUCUUGGAAUCUGCGCCAGUAUUAUUCCGUUCCCCGAUCAUAAUCAGGUAUGUUCUUGCUGAACCCGCCUUCCAUCCUCCCCAUUUUCCGGCUCGAGUUCUAACUACAGUAACCUCCCGCAGUCACCCCGUAAUACCUAUCAAUCCGCUAUGGGUAAGCAAGCCAUGGGUGUCUUCUUGACAAAUUUCUCGGAACGUAUGGACACAAUGGCAAAUAUUCUUUACUACCCCCAGAAGCCGUUAGCCACGACCCGCUCAAUGGAGUUUCUUAAGUUCAGAGAGCUUCCUGCCGGUCAGAACGCUAUAGUCGCAAUUCUCUGCUAUAGCGGCUACAAUCAGGAGGAUUCUGUCAUCAUGAACCAGAGCAGUAUUGAUCGUGGAUUAUUCCGGAGCUUGUUCUAUCGGUCCUAUAUGGAUCAAGAGAAGCGGAUCGGAAUGCAGAUUGUGGAAGAGUUCGAAAAGCCGACGAGGAACAACACGCUUAAAUUGAAGCAUGGCACCUAUGAUAAGUUGGACGACGAUGGACUGAUUGCCCCUGGUGUGAGAGUUUCGGGAGAGGACAUUAUUAUCGGCAAGACAGCGCCGAUCGCUCCUGAUGUCGACGAGAUGGGCCAGAGACAAAAAUAUCAUACCAAACGCGACGUUUCUACGCCACUUCGAAGUACAGAGAACGGUAUCGUCGACCAGGUCAUGCUUACUACAAACGCCGAGGGUUUGAAGUUUGUUAAAGUCCGAAUGAGAACAACUAAGAUUCCACAGAUUGGGGAUAAAUUUGCUUCCAGGCAUGGGCAGAAGGUAUAGUUUGGGUGCUCAACAAGUGGUGUCUCAAAUCCUGACUACAAUUAUUAGGGUACGAUUGGCAUCACUUACAGACAAGAGGACAUGCCCUUCACUUGCGAAGGAAUUGUCCCUGACCUCAGUAAGGCUUCCAAGAUGAUACUCUUGUAGGUCCUUUUGUUGAUUUGUGACAGUUAUUAAUCCCCAUGCUAUCCCGUCCCGUAUGACGAUUGCACACUUGAUCGAGUGCCAGUUGAGCAAAGUCUCCUCAUUACGAGGGUUUGAAGGAGACGCAACCCCAUUUACGUAAGGCCUCCAAGUCAAUCCGCUAUCCACUUCUCUUAACUGAUCGCCCUCCCAUUUAUUCUCAGCGACGUAACGGUUGAUUCCGUAUCGACUCUUUUACGACAGAAUGGCUACCAGUCUCGAGGCUUCGAGGUCAUGUACAACGGCUAUACUGGUAGGAAGCUAGUUGCCCAGGUGUUCCUAGGUCCCACCUAUUACCAGCGUCUCAGACACAUGGUUGACGACAAGAUUCAUGCUCGAGCGAGAGGGCCUGUUCAGAUUCUCACUCGUCAACCUGUCGAGGGCCGUGCUAGAGAUGGUGGCCUUCGUUUCGGAGAGAUGGAACGUGAUUGUAUGAUUGCUCACGGUGCUAGCGCAUUUCUUAAAGAGAGACUCUUUGAAGUCUCGGACGCUUUUAGGGUUCAUAUUUGUGAUAUCUGCGGACUCAUGACACCCAUUGCGUAAGUAAUCUCAUGACUCUCGGCAGCCCUUUUGCUCACACAUGUUUAGCAAUCUUAAGAAGAACCUCUUCGAGUGUCGUCCGUGUCGCAACAAGACUAAAAUUUCUCAAAUCCAUCUCCCAUAUGCCGCCAAGUUACUCUUCCAAGAGUUGGCCUCAAUGAACAUCGCUGCCAGAAUGUAUCACAAGCGUUCUGGCGUGAGUGUUAGAAAUUAAAGGGCCGCCGAAAUGAGAUGACUCGAUGGGAUUGAUGUUUUUUUUUCCUUUUCUUUUCCUGUCUGGAAAUCUUGGGUUCGGGGUUAAUUAGCGGAUAUGCGUGGGCCGUUUCCUUUUCCUUUUCCUUUUCCUCUCUUUCUCUUCCUUGGGGUACGUUCACCUUUUUCUUUUCUGUGUUUUUGAUGCUCCCCGAGAUCGUCUGUCGCCCGCUAGCUUUUCUUCCCUUGAAAAAGGGUACUGGGGCCCCGGUGUACUGUACAGUUAUCGCUAUUUUUGCGGUCGCGUAAAUGUUAGACUAAAUGUCAAUGUACGAUAUAUCCACUAGCUAAUCAUUCA